CAACCAGAAUCUAGUUCUUAUAGAUCUUUAACAAUGCCUUGUUUAGCUUUAAUCGCAACCCGAAAAGUAGGCUAGUGCUCCGGAGCAGCCUGCUCCAUUCCCGGGCCAUAGACACGCGAGUGUGGGCCACGCGCUUUUGCUGCUGUUCUGGCUUUUGCCUUGUUUGCGCUUUAUGGCCCUUACGCAGAGGCGCUCCGUUAUCGGAUAACUUGGAUAACAUGGAUAACGGGCGUCGUGUGUCGGCCCGAUUUGCUAUUUUACGGCAGCCAUGGCCUACAAACAGAAUCGGCGAGCCAAGCCCAAGUCGCUUGUCGCCCGGUUGUCGGUUGUCGGUUGUCCAGGGUCAAGUGCGUUUGCUUAUUUUUAUUGGCUACUCGUAGUGUGUACACUCGUUGUCCCGCAGGCGCACACGACGUAUGCGUGAUGUGGGUGUACGAGAUGUGCAUGGGUGUUCCAUUGAGACGGACGACCCACUUCCGGACGAAUCCGGGCUCCGACCUUCCGGAUUACGCCCGCCGCAUGCCGAAUUGGUCUGCUUUCGUUGUUGUUUUCAGUGUUCUCUACUCCGUUUUUUUUCCAAAAUGUUUUCGAGGGUGCUACGAUCGGUGAAUCUGAAUGGCAUUUUUGAGUAUCUGCAUCGGCAAUUAAACAAUCUGUGUACAACUUAAUUUGGCAAUUAGUUAAACAAUGCGAAUAUCGUAGGCUAAUUGGCGAGCAAUUAGCAGAGCAACGUAUAAAUUGUUGCAACCACGGGUGAUCUUCAAAAACCACGAAAUGGAGCAGUGCAUCGGCUGGAUUAUUGGCUUGCUAUGCAUUCUGCAAUCCCUGCAAGGGACUCAGAGCAUGAACUACGAGGUACUAGGCGAUGACACGACCCUGAAUAUUAAGUGCAAUGCUGCAGAGGAUAAAGGCAAUACGCCGAUGCAACAGAUUAUCGACAUUAGCAAUUUGACAUUCAAUAUGGCCAAGGAUCUGGAGACCCUCUACUUCAAUGGCGACAUCAAGGUGUUGAUGGACUUGCCCAACCGUCCGAUUGUCCUGCAGGUGGAUAUAUUCCGCUGGGAACGCAGCGAAUGGAUACCCACACUGCUGGCCCUGAAGAGGAACCACUUGUGCCACGCCUUGUUCGAUCCCUUGGAGCUGUGGCAUCUCGUCUUCAUGAAAGUCCCCAAGAAGGAGAAGGUUUGUCCGCCGACCAAGGGGCACGUUUACAGCCUGGUCAAUGUGAGCAACCAUGUGUUUCUGAGGAACAUGCCCCGCAUGGACGUCGCCGGAGAUGUGAAGGCCCUGGUCCACCUGACCUCGGGAGAUAUAAAGACCUGUGCGGCACUCUACUUCAAGAUCUACGCCACGAACCAUUGACAAUUACCACGGGCGGUGGUAAUGGGAAAGUGUGAGGACCGUGGACUGCACCCUGACACUGAACCAGUGAAUCUCGACGGGAUGGCACUGUUUGCUCACUUUAUAGUUUAUACUUUAUAGCACCCAGGCUGCUCUGGUUUUAUGGCCUGAUUUGGUGGUGUUUGCUCGGCUUCAAUGGCGCGUCCCACCGUUUAUGGCGCUGGCUAAAUGAUUUGCAAAUAAAGCGAAAUAUUUCAUA